AUGUCAUUUAAGGCAACUUUUCAGGAUUCAGAAAAACACAAUAUAUGGUUUCGUACAGUUUCUGCUUUAACCACAGUACGGAAAGACAUCAACUUUACUAUAACAUCCGCCGAGCUCAUUGCAUGGGCCAUCAAUACCACGGACACGACGUUGUGUCAGGUGAGGUUUGCACGCAGUUUCUUUGAAGAUUAUGAAUUUAAACCAUAUGAAAUUGUAUUUGGUGAGGACGGCGUACAGAUAGUACCUGAUUCUCAUGGUACCGAUCAGAAAUUGUACUCUUUUGAAGUGAAUGGAAGACAUUUGACAACUAUAUCAAAGAAACCUGAUGGCGAUUCUGUAAAUGAAUUUACAAUAGCGAUUAAUAAUACUGCUAGUUGUCCUGAUGUUUUAGCAAAUCGGCUUUUAAUCCACAUCGAAAUGUCAUCUUUGAUAAGCAAGGAUUAUACACCUCAGUUUACGCCAAUUAAAUAUGAUCCUAUUGUCAUCGAUUUGAAAUACAAGAGAAAAUUCUUAGAUGUCUAUGGAUCGAAAUCGCGAUCUGUACAGGAAACAUUAAACCAUAGACUUUCUGAAAUAUUUGUUGAGGCUGAACGUGAACUAUCAACAGCUCUUUUCAAUGAAAAUAAUGAACCAAACCCCAAGGAUAUGAAUCAAUUAACCAUGGCUGAUGAGAUUAAUCUCGUCUGUUGCAACCAAGCUCUCAUCAAAAAUUUUCUUGACAAUUGUAAUCCAAAUAUUACAGAGGAGAUGAAGUUGGAAAUAAGCCAUCAAAAAUUAUGUGUAACCGCCUUCACUAAGGCUAUCUAUGGAAAAAAUAACGACGUUUUAAGAAACAACAUAAGCCUAAGCAAUACCAUUAGCACGUCUGAUUUGGAGUGCCACUGUCUUUUCCUCAAAGAAAUUAACAAUGGAGAUAAGGGAGACGAUGGUACUAAAAGUAUUGUUUUCAAAUUAAAAGAUUUUAAAAAUUUUAUGAGUAUAGGGUCAUCGGGGAAAUCAAGCCUGAGUGGUAAUUUAAACAUAUGGUUUUGUCAUCGUGGCGAACCAUUGCUGGUAGAGUUAAACAGACCCGAUGUUAAAUCUGAACUCGUACAAAUAACUGAUAGUAGCGGUAUGGCUAAUGCCGAAAAUGAAAACGCAAUUACCAAGGCGACAGCCACUGUUUCGCCAAAUACAAGAGCUAGUAGAGAACCUUUCAAAGCUGAACCAUUCUUACCUCGUGUUAGUCCAUUAAAAUCCUCCUCGGUACCGAGCAAGGAAACAAGAAGAAGUCCAUUAAAAAAUAUGGGCGGCAGUAUACCGAAUAAAAGUAGUAUAACAAGACAAUUGUUUGUCAAAGAAGAUGAUGAACAUCCAUUGAGUGUAUGGAACCAUGAAGAAGAAGAACUCAAGAGGGAACAACCGGAACCUAACGAAGAAAUUUUGCUGGCGGCACCAGCAGAGAGAUCUCGCACAACAGUCGGUUGGGGUCAAAGACCAUUGGAACCAGAUCAUAGUCUUAAACCAAUGGAUAAACAAAGCAUGUUAAAGCAAGAAAAACGCAAAUAUUUACAAGAAUUAAAGGAUGAACAAAAGAGGCAGAAGAGAGAGAUAAAUGACCGUAGUACACAAGAAUCUCAAGAAGGAUUAGGCCCUACACAACCUAAUAGACCAAAGGGUCUAUUCGAUUGA